UCUUUCCCCUCUCUCCUCGAAUCCCCAUCGGCUACCUCCGUCGACAUAAUCGGCUACCUCCGUCGGCAUAGACGGAUCUCUCCGAUCGAAGCAACGCACGCAAUCACGCUAAGAUUAGAUCUCUCUUCUAAGUCCGUUCCUUGAUUUUUCGCUCAUUUUCGUCAUCGAAACCGACGUGGAGAUUUCCAGAUUGGAUUCUAUAUGUCUUCAAAAGAAAAAUCCUAGACGAUCCGUUUACCAUCUUGUUUUCCUAAGAUCUGCGAAAGAAGCCCACCAGAGUUGUGUUUUGCUUCCGGAUCCGCUGCUCUCACGAGUAUCCGGUCGUAGAGGUCCUACUGGCUAUCGGUGAAGGUCAACUCGCUUACCUCCAUCCAGACCGAGCUUCCUUUCAGCUACUACAGUCUCCCAUUUUGCCGCCCUCAAGAUGGAAUCAAGGACAUCACAGAGAAUUUAGGGGAGCUCGGAGACAGAUAGCAGGGCUGUGCUCUCCUCAGGGGAGGGAAUCGACAGGAUUUCACAGUGGUGGAAAAGAUGGAAGAUCUAAGCAUCGAGGCGAAGGAGGCUGCUGUACGCGAGGUGGCCAAGAUUCUCCCCCUCCCGGAUCUUCUGGCCUCAAUCGCAUCCAUCAAAUCCGAUUACCUUUCCCGUCAACAGGCAAAUGAUGCACAGCUGAGCACAAUGAUAGCAGAGCAGGUUGAGCAGGCACAUAAGGGCAUUGAUGCAUUGGCUUUGUGUCAAAAAACAAUACAUCAGAUUCGUGGGAAUUUUUUGUCAAUCGAAAAAUUGUGCCAUGAAUGCCAGACACUCAUAGAUAAUCAUGACAAAAUUAAGCUCCUUAGUAAUGCUAGAAACAAUCUGAACACAACUUUAAAGGAUGUUGGAGGAAUGAUGUCAAUUUCUGUUGAAGCUGCAGCAGCUCGUGAUUCUUUAAGUGAUGAUAAAGAACUUAUUCACACUUAUGAGAAAUUAGCAGCACUGGAUGGUAAAAGACGUUUUGUAUUAGCUGCUGCAUCAUCUCACAAAGAAGAGGUUGGACGGUUGAGAGAAUAUUUUGAAGAUGUAGAUCGAACAUGGGAGACAUUUGAAAAGACACUAUGGGGUCAUAUUGGCAACUUUUUUAUGCUGGCCAAAGAAAGUCCACAGACGCUGGUGCGAGCUGUAAGGGUAAUUGAAAUGCAAGAAAUAUUAGACCAGCAACUGGCUGAGGAGGCUGCUGAGGCUGAGGGUAUUGAUGCAAUGGCAUCAAUCGCCAAUCCACGUAGAUCUGCAAAAAAGGGCACAACUUCAGCUGUUUCUCCUAAAACACAAGAGAAGAAGAGUCAGGGAAAAGGUUAUAAAGAUAAGUGCUAUGAGCAGAUAAGGAAAACUGUUGAGGCUCGGUUCAACAAGUUAUUGACAGAGUAUGUAUUUGAGGAUCUAAAAGCUACUUUAGAAGAAGCUAAAACAAUUGGCGAGGAGCUUGCUGAUAUUUAUGACUAUGUUGCUCCAUGUUUUCCAACAAGAUAUGAAAUAUUCCAACUCAUGGUCAAUCUUUACACUGAAAGAUUUAUUCAAAUGCUUAGAUUGCUUAGUGACAGAACAAAUACAUUGACAAAUUUGGAGAUAUUGAAGGUAACUGGGUGGGUUGUUGAGUAUCAAGAUAAUCUGAUUGGCCUUGGUGUUGAUGAAUCCCUUUCUCAAGUAUGCUCUGAAAGUGGUGCAAUGGAUCCACUAAUGAAUGCAUACAUUGAAAGGACACAGCAAACAACAAAGAAAUGGUACACAAAUAUUCUCGAGGCAGAUAAGGUACAACCACCAAAGAAGACAGACGAUGGUCGAUUGUAUACACCAGCCGCUGUUGAUUUAUUUAGAAUCUUGGGGGAGCAAGUGCAGGUUGUUCGUGAAAAUAGCACUGAUAUCAUGUUGUACCGUACAGGACUUGCAAUUAUUCAGGUUAUGCUUGAUUUUCAAGCAGCAGAAAGGCAUAGGCUUGAAGAACCAGCUUCUGAGAUUGGUUUGGAACCCAUAUGUGCCAUGAUCAACAACAACCUGCGAUGCCAUGAACUUUCGAUGGAACUCAGUAAUAGCAUAAUUGAAGCUCUUCCACAGAACUAUGCUGAACAGGUGAAUUUUGAAGACACUUGUAAGGGCUUCCUCGAUGUUGCCAAGGAAGCCAUCAUUCAAACUGUUAGUGUAAUAUUUGAAGAUCCUGGUGUAAAAGAGUUGCUUGUUAAGCUUUACCAGAAAGAUUGGUAUGAAGGCCUGGUAACAGAGUAUUUAGUCGCAACAUUUGGUGAUUAUUUUGGAGACAUCAAAAUGUAUAUUGAAGACAGAUCAUUUAGGAGGUUUGGGGAAGCUUGCCUAGAGGAAACAAUUGUGAUUUAUGUUGAUCAUUUGCUUACACAGAAAAAUUAUAUUAGAGAGGAAACUAUUGAGAGGAUGAGACUAGAUGAAGAGGUCCUUAUGGAUUUUUUCAGGGAGUAUCUCAGUUUAACAAAAGUUGAAAACAGAGUGAGGAUUCUGAGUGAUCUUAGAGAGCUGGCUUCAGCUGAAAGCCUGGAUAGUUUUACCCUUAUAUACACAAAUAUUCUUGAGCAUCAGGCAGAUUGCCCAGCUGAAGUUGUGGAAAAACUUGUUGCAUUACGAGAGGGUAUUCCACGGAAGGAAGCCAAGGAGGUGGUGCAAGAGUGCAAAGAAAUAUAUGAGAACUCACUUGUAAACGGUAACCCUCCGAAGACAGGAUUCCUCUUCGGUAGGGUCAAGUGUCUGGCAGCACCCAAAGGCUCAAUAUGGAGGAAGCUUGGUCAAUAAGCAUUAAUGGUUGCAUGGAGCCACUUCACCAUUCAACUUCAUAGCUACUGUAGUAUUCUUUUAUGCUAAUUCUUCUCAAUCUUUUUACACUUCAUUCUAUGCAAUUUUCCGAUGGCAUCUCAUCUGAAUAUUUGAAUGUCUGUUGCAAAUAGAAAUAUUAGUGACAGUUGUAAUAUUUCAUUGACCAAAGUUUGUUGUACCUUGUAAACUGUGGAUAUUUAGAAAUCCAAAGAUGAUGCAUGCGUAUUUUUAUUGAUA